AUGCUCCGGCACACUCUCCGCCUGGAACAUGUUCUCUCCUCACGCUUCUACUCCAGUACCUCUUCACUAUCCAAAGGCAAGCGAAUCAUCGUAACAGGCGGUUCCGGAAAAGCAGGCCAAUACAUAAUUCCGCACCUUCUUUCCCGUGGCCACGAGAUCCUCAAUCUAGACCUCACCGUACCAUCUCAACCAAUCCCCGACGUCCAUACAAUCAAAACAGACCUUACAUCCAGCGGUCAAGUCUUUAACGCGCUCACCUCACCUUUCAAACUCACUCAGCCCUUUCCAAUCCACUCACACCCCUUCCAGCCUCCAGACGCUGUGAUCCAUCUCGCGGGCCACGCUCGCAAUAUGCUCGUCCCAGACAAUGAGACAUUCCGCGUUAAUACUGUUGGGACAUACAAUGUUAUCGAAGCAGCUUGCAAACUCGGAAUACCAAAAAUCAUCAUCGCAAGCUCAGUCUGUGUCUAUGGCGUCACAUUCGGUGAGGGAGAUGUCGAUUUCACAUCCUUUCCCAUUGAUGAAGAAAUCGACGUGAACCCUACAGACACCUAUUCCAUCUCCAAACUCUGCGGUGAGAGAAUCGCUCGAGGGUUCGCUCGUCGAUUUGGAACCGACAUCUACGCCUUAAGAAUAGGAGCACUCAUCACACCCGAGGAGUACAAGACGGACGUCUUUAACGCUUACAUUGAGAAGCCAGAAGAGUGGAAGGUCCACGGGUGGUCGUACACCGAUGCCAGGGACUUAGGGGAGAUGUGUGAGAGGUGUGUGAGGGUUGAUGGGUUGGAAUGGCAGGUUUUCAAUGCGACAAAUGAUGAGAUUACGAAUUUUGUCUCGAGGGAUGGGAGUACGGAGGGGUUUUUGAAGAGGAUGUGUCCGGAGACGCCGUUUACGAGGAAUAUAGGUAGGAGAGAGGCGCCGAUGUCGAAUAGGAAGAUGAAGGAGAUGUUGGGGUUUGAGGAGCAGCAUAAUUGGAGGAAGUAUUGUCAGGAGGAUGGAUGA